AAAUCACUGAAAAUGAAGGAAACUUCCAGCUCAGUUAGCAGUUGAAUAUUAAAGAGAUUGGCGGUAAACUUAGUCACGUGAUUUACUUAAUCAACAAUUGCACGUCGUGAUAGAAAUGGGGGAGACCGGAGAGAAAAAUGAUUUGCCGACCAUCGCCGACGACUUGGUGGUUACCAAGUAUAAGAUGUCCGCCGAUAUUGUCAACAAGGUGUUGAAGGAGGUUGUUGAACUGUGUAAACCUGAAGCUUCUGUCCGGGACCUUUGUAUUCUCUCAGACAAGAAACUCUCUGAGGAAACUAGCAAGGCCUUCAAAAAGGACAAGAAGGUCGUUAAAGGAAUCUCCUUCCCAACAUGUAUAUCUGUAAACAAUGUAAUCUGCCACUACUCCCCCCUCAACUCCGAGCCCGACACCAUAAUGGCGGACGGUGACGUGGUUAAAAUUGACCUCGGGGCGCACAUUGAUGGGUUCAUCGCUGUUGUUGCUCAUACGCUUGUCAUUGGAGAGAAUAAGGCGAAUCCGGUGACUGGACGUAAAGCUGACGCUAUGAUGGCUGCCCAUCUGGCCAGUGAGGCUGCACUGCGGCUCGUCAAGCCUGGGAAUGAGACAUAUGAAGUAACUGAUACAGUCUCUAAAAUAGCAGGGGCUUUCAAAUGUAAACCAGUUGAGGGUAUGCUCUCCCAUCAGUUAGAGCAGAAUAGAAUUGAUGGCGAGAAAACUAUAAUCCAGAACCCGAGUGAGGCUCAAAGAAAGGAGCACGAGAAGUUUGAGUUUGAAUUGCAUGAAGUUUAUGGAGUAGAUGUCUUAAUUUCAACAGGAGAGGGCGUAGGACGAGAGAAGGAUGCCAAGAUCACGAUCUACAAGAAGACUGAGGAUACAUACAUGCUCAAAUUGAAAACCUCGAGAGAGUUCUUCAGUAAGAUAAGCAAGCAGAGCGGAUCUAUGCCCUUCAACUUAAGAAAUAUGGAAGAUGAGAGGAAAGCAAGAAUGGGAGUUGUAGAAUGUGUUACACACAAGCUUGUAGAACCCUUCCAGGUUCUAUUUGAGAAGGAGGGCGAGUCUGUUGCCCAGUUUAAGUUUACUGUUCUCUUGAUGCCCAACGGACCUCAGAAGAUUACUGGAUUACCCUUUGAUACUGAACUAUACAAAUCUGAAUAUACUAUAGAGGAUCAGGAAAUCCAGAAAUUAUUGAACACUUCCGCCAACCCCAAAGCUGCUAAGAAGAAGAAGAAGGCAGCCGAGAAAGCUGUGAGCGAGGAGACAGCAGCUCCAAUGCUUGUGGAAAGCUAGAAACCUGGCUAAUUAAUAGGUGCAAGACCCUUUGCCACUGAUCUACGGAGCGGUGAUGGAAAAUCGAUUUUUUAUUUUUUAUUGUGAAAUAUUUAUAUCUUGGUAAGGCGGUCAAUAAAGCUAUUUAAUGAAUGCCAAAA